GUUGCUAAAGAAUAACGUUUAAUCAGGGCAGGGUGGUCUAUACCGUCUGGAAAAUAAUUGCAUGUGAAUGGUGAUUAUAACCCUUUAGUCUGCACCCUCCUAGAGUUUCUUUGCUGCCACUUCAGUAUAUUUCCGUCUUCCGAAUUUUGCUUUUACUUCCGCCAGAGUGUGGGUGGGGAUGGCGGAUACUCCGCCUGGGACCCGGAUGCUGGCUCCUCUCUGGUUGUUUUGGGCCCCAGCGUGGAUUGUAAAGCUGUGGUUGGUGGUGGAGAAGAGGGCUGUCAGCUGUACCCGGAUUUCCCAGCUGGCAAUAUCUACAGAGUAUGCGUAAGUCAUGGCACAGAUAGAGAAGAAAGUUGGACUGCUCCGUAAGUCCUCUGCCUCCAAGAAGCCCUUGAAAGAGAAAGUAGUACUGAUGUACGAUGAGAUCUUCAUGAAAGAAGAUCCUACCAAAUCCAACCCUAGAUUUUGGGAAGAGUUGUUUCUUAUGAAGGUAAAUAUAGAGUAUCUGGAGUCCAAGUUAGAAUCCCUUGAUGGCGAAGAGCUAAUGAAGCUGAAAGAUAACAUUAACAGCUUGUUCCAGCACUGUAUCCAGGCAUUAAAAGCAGAGCACCAGAUAAGAGUUGUGAAUUCAUUGCAGACACUUUGCGCUUUGAUUAGAGGAGUCCAUCAAAAGAACAAGCCAACUUCUGGCUUUGAUAUUAUCAACAUGCUGAUGGGCUUCGAUAAAGCAGAACUGCGUAUGAAGAACCUAAUGGAGAGCUUGGACCUCCUGCUGUGUGGAGACGGCUCAGAAAGCCUGAAGAGCUUAUGCCUGAAACUACUGCUGUGCUUAGUAACUGUCACUGAUAACAUCAGCCAGAAUACCAUACUGGAAUAUGUUAUGAUUAACAGCAUCUUUGAAGCAAUAUUGCAGAUUCUAUCCAACCCCAUUAGUCGCAGACAACAUGGCUAUGAUGCGGUUGUGUUGCUUGCUCUUCUAGUUAACUACAGAAAGUAUGAGUCGGUGAAUCCAUAUAUAGUGAAGCUGUCCAUUGUGGAUGAUGAAAAUACUCUCAAUGGAAUGGGAUUGGUAAUUGCCCGUGCAUUAUUUGAAUACAACAGGCAGUACAGAGACAAGGAAGAGGAAAACCAGACUGGCUUUUUUUCUGCAUUAACCAAUAUGGUGGGCAGUAUGUUCAUUGCAGAUGCAGAUGAGAAGAUUUCUGUGCAGACUAAUGAAGCUAUCUUACUGGCACUUUAUGAAGCAGUGCAUCUAAACCGAAAUUUCAUAACCGUUUUGGCACAGAGCCAUCCUGAGAUGGGCUUAGUUACUGUGCCAGUCAGCCCUGUUCCUACAACACCAACAUCACCAUUGGGUACAACUCCUCCUUCCUCAGAUGUCAUAAGUCCAACAGAAUUGCCCAUGGAUGCAGAUGUGCAGACCAGUAACCUGCUGAUCACCUUUUUGAAAUACAGCUCCAUUGUAAUGCAGGACACAAAAGAUGAGCACAGGCUGAACAGUGGCAAACUGUGUCUUAUCAUUCUAACUUGCAUAGCAGAGGAUCAAUACGCCAAUGCCUUUUUACAUGAUGAUAAUAUGAAUUUCCGAGUUAACCUUCAUCGGAUGCCCAUGAGACACAGGAAAAAAGCAGCUGAUAAAAACAUACCCUGCCGUCCCCUUGUGUGCGCUGUGCUAGAUCUAAUGGUGGAAUUCAUUGUGACUCACAUGAUGAAGGAUUUUCCUAUGGAUCUUUAUACGCGCUGUAUUCAGAUAAUACACAAGGUUUUGUGUUACCAGAAGAAAUGUCGAGUAAGGCUCCAUUACACAUGGAGAGAGCUUUGGUCAGCCUUAAUAAAUUUACUGAAGUUUUUGAUGUCAUAUGAGACUGCGCUACUAUCAAAAUACAACAUAUUUACUCUGGCUCUCAUGGUAGUCAAUUUGUUUAACAUGUUCAUUACGUAUGGAGAUACAUUCCUCCCAACCCCAAGCAGCUAUGAUGAGCUCUAUUAUGAAAUCAUCAGAAUGCAUCAGAUUUUUGACAACUUGUAUUCCAUGGUACUUCGGCUCUCUACCAACGCAGGGCAAUGGAAGGAGCCUGCUAGCAAAGUGACCCAUUCACUGGUCAAUAUCAGGGCCAUUAUAAACCACUUUAAUCCUAAAAUAGAGUCCUAUGCUGCUGUGAAUCACAUCUCACAACUGUCAGAGGAACAGGUUUUAGAAGUUGUGCGAUCAAACUAUGACACUCUAACGCUGAAACUGCAGGAUGGCCUGGACCAGUAUGAGCGAUAUUCCGAGCAACACAAGGAAGCUGCUUUCUUCAAAGAACUGGCUCGAUCCAUCAGCGUCAACGUUCGGAAGAAUCUGGCCUUCAACACACUGAGUCAGGAGAUUCUACUGAAAGAGUUCUCUACCAUCUCAUGAAAGUGGCAUCUGUCUACAGCACAUUCACUAACCUCAGAAAUCCCUCAAGGAGAACCUUCUAUCUCUCUGCAGGGAGCCAUAACUUCUCCCAUAACUUACCCAUAACCUCCUUCUCAAGACAAAUAAAUGCCCUUGCACCUGAGAAGAUCCUGACAUGGCCGUACAUUGGCGGCGAGCGCCCAGCGCGUCUUCUUGUUUCGCCUGAUGAACAAGAUAAUUCAGUUUGCCAAGAAUCGCAUUUCUGUCCAAAUACAGUGACAUGAAUUGGGCAAGUGUGGAGACUGUUGAAUAUUUGCAAAUGGACUGUUAAUAUUUGCUUCUCUAUUGUUGUGCUGUAAGUAGAUUGUGAUUCGCAGUGAGCAAGGCAUUAUUCUCUCUUAAGGUGUAUUUAACUUUUUUUUGUUUUUUUCUUUUUUUUUUUAAAGUGUGAUGCCUUUAAAUAUGCCCAGUUCCUUAUCAUUAGGUUUAAAUAGACCCUAGUAUUAAUAUAUUAGUGCUGAAUAUUUUAAACUUCCGUGUCAUAAUAAUCUUAUUCUCUUAAUUUAAAGCUUUUCCUAGACAUAAGGUACGGAACAGUGAGAGGGCAUAUUUGUAGUUUAUCAUUGCUUUCUGAAAGGCAGAGCAUUACUUUUGCCUAAGGCUUAUGGCACAUGGGACAUUUUGCCGACCACUGCUGGCCAGAUUAGAACAGGGGGGGUCAAAACAUCAUCCUGUUACCACCCCUUGUGCAUUAGCCUGUGCAGUUCUUGGCAUUUGCUAACAUGAGAAGCAGUGCCUGAUUUAGCCAUAAAGCAGUGGUGGGCCAAACACCCUAUAUAGCAGUGGCCUAAACCCUUUGAAUCUAUAGCUUUUAUUCCUGGGAUACAAAAGAAUACAGUGCCGUGGGUAAUCACACGAUCAGGAUUCUAUGAGACUGCUCCUUCUAAGAGCACUUUCUGAUUGAACCCUUUACUUCUUGUACAAUGUAAAAUCUACAGGGCUGAUAUAAAGGUACCUUUGUGCCCACACUGUAGAUUUUAUGUUUUAGAGCUGCCCCACCUCAUGUUUAGGGUUGCCACCCUGCUGGUAUUUGACAAGCCCAGACUGUAAAUAACCAGCUAGGGCCGGGGCAAUUUGUAAUACCCUAUAAAUCCCUCCCUUCCCUGACCAUCUCCACUGCCAGAUUUUCCCUUAUAAGGUUCAUCCUAUCUAUGCCCAACCCAUUUUCACACUUGCUCUGCCCAUUUCCCCGCCCCGUAUGACAUCACCUCCUAUUCUUCAUCUGAAGGCUGGUGUUUCAUUACAAAAAAGGUGGCAACCCUACUCAUAUUUACUGCCAACCAAAAGGUACCAGGGUCAAAAGGGUUCAACGACAAACAUUUUUGCUUAGACGACUGUUAACUUGUUGCUAAAUUCUUCCAGUCUUUUCUCUGUAGUCAUGAUACCUCUCCACUGAGGGCGCAACUCCUGGGCAAUCAGAUUGGCCGGCUCCAACAUUUUCUCAUAAAAUUCAACAACUCACAACCAAAAUAAUAUCUGGCCUGAUGGUGCUGCUCUUCAUUGUGUUUAGAGAGUGCAGCUGGGCCACGACUCUCUGCUAAAUUACUAUUUAGUUUGCUGAUCAAACAGUAAAAUCACUGCAAUUCACACUCAGGUCAGAUUGAUGCCACCAGUCUAUAUGGGCUUAACUCUAGCUUUUUAAAAUAAAUACAUGAACAGAUUAUAGCAAAAUAGAAAACUAUUAAAUGUUAUUUAAAAUUUGAUGCACUGACAUUAUCCUAUUCUCUUUCUAAAUGGGUGCUAUAGUGGCAGAAUAACUACCAUUCCAUUCUGUAUAUGCAGUUUGCUAAUUCUUACCUGCCUGCCCUCUGAAACUUAUACAAGAUUAGAGACCUGUUAAAGGGGCAGAAACCCUUGCAGUAAGUUAGGUUUGUUGGCUUGGAGCAUAAUAUAGGUUUUCACAAUCUUUGCUUAUGAUACUUGAUAUCAGAUGUAGCGCCUAUUUACUUCAAUGGGAACCCCACAGAAGUACAGGUACAAGCAACUUCCCUCCCCAAAUCACCAGGGCAUUUUCAAGCAGAAUAUCGCUCCCCCCCCCUCCCCAUAGCUCACAUUGCAGUCAGUGGAGGCAGAACAAGGGGUUCCACUAGUGUUUUUCAACUGAUGGAAAAUCUGCCUCGUGACAUUAGUCUAUGGCUUUUCUUGGUAAGAAAUGUGCCUUUUCCUAACCCAUUGUACCAUUACAUUUUCAGAUAUACACUGUAAGUUAGAGCACCCUAUGAAAUAACUAAUAGGGCCCCAAUUUUUUAUUUUGCAGAAAUGGAGCCAAGUUGCAGCCAUUGUGGCAUUGUGGGGCAGUUUUGUUGUUAUUUCUCCCCUAUAAUUAAAGCCGCGCCCAACUAUUUUCUUUUUUGGAUCAUACUGUUAAUAAAAGUGGAAUUGGAACAUUUGCACAAAUGCAAAAAAGGAUUUUCUUUUACCAAGUUUAAUUUCUUCUGCCUCUUAUAUUAAACCAGAGAGCUACUCCACUUUUGUCUUCUGUGUCUAUAAAAUGAUUUGCGUUGAAUUUCCAAACUAUUAAAUAUAACUUUUUUUCACAA